UAAUUUUUUUUAUUUGCUCUUUCUGGAAUAUAUCUGACUCUCUGCUGGGGAUUUAUUUGCCUUUAAGUCUGCUUGCUGCUUGAUGGAUAUGAAAAAAAGCCCUUUUGGAUACCUUUUUACUCCAGCUCAUCUUGUCUUUUUGGUGGCUGCAGAAAUUUCUUGACAAUGUUUCUAAGAAGGUUUUGAAAACGAGGUUGUUGUGCAGCUCUGCUGAAGAAUGGCGAACGUUCUCUCCUUUUCAGGGCUGUGGUGGAGACUCGGCUAGCGUCUCUUAUUUUCAUGUGGGCCUCGUUUGUUCACUCAGUCCGGAACAGGAAGGCCCUGAAGGGGUGUGUGUGCGCUUGUGAGAAAGCUGGUCUAGCUGAAACAAGAUCUCCAUGUGUCAUAGCUUAAACUUUGUUUAAUGUUUUUAUUUCAGUUUGAUAAACUUUCUCUAAUUGCUUCAUUUUUAAAGUCUCUCCUGGUUUGAGUAAUGGUCAUUUUGUUUAGGUCUUUGGGUUGUAGAAGAACCACAAAGAGGAAUUUAAGUAACUACUGGCUGAUUGCAUUAUAUCUGGGUUUCAUUGUUUGUAUCAUUGUUUGUAUCAAAUCUUAUCUUUUGGAUCAUCUGUUCACAUUCAGACUUUUGGGCUUACAUUUUAUCCAUCGUAUAUCCACAGCUUGGCUGCAAUUUAACCAACUUUGUCUGGAGUUUCUCUGUAAAAAUGGAGUCUGGAGGCGUAAAGAGGAUUGUUUUAGUUUUCCAAGUGAAAAUAAAACCAUCCCACAACUGUGGGCAUUCGAGUUGCAGACUGAAACCCUAUCAUUCAGCUGGAAACCAGAGCUGCAGCAGCCAGAGCUAUUAACUGAUCGAGUGUGUGACCUGUCAGGGGUUCUCUGGAGGGCUUCUUUCCCUGGUCUUUUGAAUAAAGGGCACAUCCUUGGAACGAGGCCCUGUGUUGCUUGGACAAAAGAAGAGCCAAAGACCCUCAUUUAUUGCCAAACCCUCUUUUUAUUCUGCUUUUUGUAACCACAGAGGGAACGAGAUGCUUUGCAGGAGCAAAGACGGGGGGGAGUGAGGAUUAUUUAUUUUUAUUAUUUAUUUUUUGUCAGAGGUUAAUGGUUUGACUUCUAUGUUGAGCAGGCUUUGUGAAAGCGAAUCUCUAUAGUUGGUGGAUUCCAAACAGAUUAUUUGGUAAAGAUUUUGUUCGAGAAUAUUGAGAUGACCUGAAUGGUCUCCAAGAAAAGGCCUAAAUCCUCCAGAGAGUCUGCUGUUGUUACUGAAGGGGCUUGGAAGGUGGUAGAAGUGUGUACUGUUAAUUACAAUGAGAGGCUGUCCUCUUCGCAUGGGGCAGCUCUCUUUGGAUUUCUUGUUAGUCUAGGUCUUUUCGCCAAUUGUCAUAAACAAAACAGGCCGUGGCCCAGUUGAGCCACAAUUUUACUUCGUCUGUGACAUCUUCUGACGAGCGCGGAUACUCGUCUGGCUGAGGAGGAGAUAAAGAAAGAGCCGGAUGUGGUAGAGGGGAUGGACGCUUCUCUGCGAUCGAAAGCACCUGAUGCACCAGGUUCAGCGGAACGAUCAGCAGCACCACAGAAGCGAAAGGUGUCAAGUCCGACCCAUUCCUCCAAUGGACACUCUCCUUCAGACACUUCUCCCAGUCCCCUUAAGAAAAAGAAAAAGCCAGGAGCUGUGAAUUGUAACAACAAAGACCAGUCAGAGCUAAGACAUGGUCCCUUUUACUAUAUGAAGCAGCCAGCACUCACCACAGACCCUGUUGAUGUUGUACCGCAGGACGGCAGGAAUGACUUCUACUGCUGGCUGUGCCACCGCGAGGGUCAGGUGCUCUGCUGUGAGCUCUGCCCCAGGGUGUACCACGCCAAGUGCCUCAAACUACCAGCCGAGCCCGAGGGCGACUGGUUCUGUCCAGAGUGUGAGAAAAUAACAGUUGCUGAGUGCAUUGAAACCCAGAGCAAAGCAAUGACAAUGCUAACGAUAGACCAACUCUCCUACUUACUGAAAUUUGCACUCCAAAAAAUCAAACAGCCUGGGACAGAGCCGUUUCAGAAACCCGUGUCACUAGAACAGCAUCCGGAUUAUGCAGAGUACAUCUUCCACCCUAUGGACCUAAGUACUAUAGAAAAGAAUGUGAAAAAGAAAAUGUACGGCUGCACUGAGGCUUUUCUUGCUGAUAUGAAGUGGAUCUUACACAACUGCAUUAUCUAUAAUGGAGGUAAUCAUAAAUUAACAGCAACUGCAAAGGUCAUUGUCAAGAUCUGUGAACAUGAGAUGAAUGAGAUUGAGGUGUGUCCGGAGUGCUAUUUGUCUUCUUGCCAAAAAAGGGAUAACUGGUUUUGUGAGCCAUGUAGUCAGCCUCACCCUCUGGUUUGGGCUAAGCUGAAGGGUUUUCCUUUUUGGCCGGCAAAAGCACUCAGAGAAAAGGAUGGUCAAGUAGACGCACGCUUCUUUGGGCAACAUGAUCGCGCCUGGGUUCCUAUCAACAACUGCUACCUGAUGUCCAAAGAAAUCCCUUUCUCUGUGAAGAAAACAAAGAGCAUUUUCAACAGCGCCAUGCAAGAGAUGGAGGUCUACGUGGAAAACAUCCGCAAGAAAUUUGGCAUUUUUAACUACGCACCCUUCCGCACUCCCUACACACCCAACAACCAGCUGCAGAUGCUGGCGGACCCCAACAACCCCAAUGCCGGGACGGUGAAAACAGAGAAGCCAGACAAGCUCCGCUUCAACUUUGACAUGACUUCCUCUCCCAAGAUGAUCCUCAGCAAAAGUUCUACGCCCAGCGGGAUGAGCCGGCGGGCCUCAAUGAUGGAAAUGCCUCGGUCUCCAAUGAGCACCAACUCCUCGGUUCACACAGGGUCUGAUGGGGAGCAAGAAACCGAGAAGCCGAGCAGGAACCCUGCCUUACACUACAGCACUGGAGAGGAAUCGAUGGACUGCACUGCAUCUCCUGUAUCGGGGAAGCCUGGUCCAACUGCUAGUGUGAGCAGCAGUCCAAAACCCAUAAACUCUGCACUGGUUCCUAAGCAGGACAGGACAGCAGGAACUGGAGGCAUCCUCAACCUUAACCUUGAUCGAGUGAAGGCUGAAAUGGACCUGAAGGAACUAAGUGAGACAGUGCAGCAACAGCAGCAACAACAACAAGCAGCCCCCACUACCGUCACCACUACGAAGAGACCCAUCAGGAGUCUGGACAAGACCAUUGAAAGCUGCAAAGCACAGCUGGGUAUUAAUGAGAUAUCUGAAGAUGUGUAUAAAGAUGUGGACCACAGCGACUCUGAGGACUCUGAGAAAUCUGACUCCAGCGACAGCGAAUAUCCCAGCGAUGAAGAACACCGGUCCAAGAACUCUGCACACGAGGACAAGGAGAAAGCAGAAAGAAAAAGGUCAAAGGCGAGUGCGGAGGGAGAGGGUAAGGAGGGAGUUACAGCGACGGGGGAUAAAACCGCUGUCCCUGAGCCUUUGCUCAAAGAGAAGCCGGGCUGCAACGGUCCAGACAGGGAUCUGCAGGAAAAGCCCAGGACACCUCAGUCUCAACCCGUCACUGAAAAGCCUAAACCACCAGAAGAGGGCAAGACAGCUUCUGCAUCCGCUGAACAGGACUCUGAUUCUGAGAGAGAGCUCGUCAUUGAUCUGGGCGACGAACAUGGAGGACGGGACGCAAAGAGGCAGAGAAGAGACCCGAGCUCCGCCGCUGCCAAAAAUACUAAAGAGUCCAACGCUGCCAAGGUGGAAGGUAAGCUGUCUUCAUCUGCUGCGUCAGCUACACCGACACGAGAAGCUGCCUCCAACCUGAAGGACUCUCUGCAGCCGUCCAUCACAGCAGCGCUCAACCUUGUUUCCAGUGCAGCAUCUGGUCAGCCCAGCACCUCCACAACCACCAGUGGAUCUACCACUGCGCCACCUUCUGGCUCCACGACGUCCACAACACCCACAACUGUAAAAAAACAGCGGCCGCUUCUUCCUAAAGAGACGGCUCAGCAUGUGCAGCAGGCGGUGGUCUGGAAUCCCACCAAGUUACAGACGUCGUCGCAAAAAUGGCAAGUGCAGAAGCUCCAGAGGCAGCAGAACGAAGAGCAGUCGGGUGUCCAGGGUCAGAGUCAGACGCGCAGCCAGCAGCUGCAGUCACAGCAGAACUCCUCCAGCACUCGCUAUCAGACCAGACAAGCAGCUAAAGUGCAACAAAAAGACCCAGCUCAAAGCUCCUCAUCAACAGCGGGACAGAUCACAUCUGCUGCGUCGUCUCUGGUGUCAGCAGACUUGCAGAUCCCCACAGUUUCAGCAGAUGUAGCAGCAGAUAUCGCCAAAUACACCAACAAAAUUAUGGACACAAUAAAAGGGACAAUGACUGAAAUCUACAACGACCUCUCUAAAAGUACAUCAGGAAACACGAUUGCUGAGAUUCGACGUCUGAGGAUAGAGAUUGAAAAACUCCAGUGGCUUCAUCAGCAGGAGUUAUCAGAGAUGAAGCAUAAUCUGGAGCUGACGAUGGCGGAGAUGAGGCAGAGUCUUGAGCAGGAACGGGAACGUUUGGUUGCUGAGGUGAAAAAACAGAUGGAGCUGGAGAAGCAGCAGGCGGUGGAUGAGACCAAAAAGAAACAGUGGUGCGCCAACUGCAGGAAGGAGGCCAUCUUCUACUGCUGCUGGAAUACCAGCUACUGUGAUUACCCCUGUCAGCAAGCACACUGGCCUGAGCACAUGAAGUCCUGCACACAGUCGGCCACAGCAUCCCAGCAGGAAGCAGAGGCAGAGCCCGGCUCGGAGCCGUUGGUCAAACCAUCGGGCCACUCUCCCGCUGUGCAGUCCAUUCCCUCAGCCGCAGGCUCGAUAUCGGACAAAAGCAACUCUCCCACCUACACUGACAAAAACAAGGACAGUUCUGGUGUCACUGUGACCUAACUGAUACACUACAGACACAUCGGUGGAGUGAAUGUGAGGCAGGUGGCCUCGAAGUUGGUGCUUCAAGCCCUGCACCUUGACGACAAAUCACUUUUUUUUCUCUCUCUCUCUUUCAUUCCCAUUUGUAUAUGUGGUCACUGGACUGUUUUCGGUUCACUUCUCAUUUUCAGUUUCCACAUCUGCGUUUAAGUCAGUUAAUCAUGUGAAAAUAGUCUGUCUCGAGAUGUGAAAUGUUUUUCAUUCUACAGUUUUGCAUUGUUGCUCAGAUUAUAUCAACCCACAGGAUAAUCUCUUCAUUUCUCUUUCAUUGCUGCUCCAUAGGACUUUGCUGCUGUUUGAUUGCUCUCCAUAUUGUGAGACAAAACAUUUGAAACAGCCUUCAACAAUUAUACACAAUGAUUAUGGUGCCAUCACAAAUACUUAAAAUGAUUUAUUUUUUCUUUUCUUUUGGUUUAAACCACACUUGCUUAAUGUCGAGUAGUGCAGGUUUAAAUGACACAUUUCAGUCCAACAUGUUUGCUUCAUGUCAGUGGUGGCGUUUUGGUUUCAUACCAGUUUUGUAUUGUAGUUCUGUGUUAUAUAGCCACACAUUUAAAAUGGAAAAAAAAAAAUCUGAUUUAUUAAAAAGCCUAAACAAUUUAAACUGUACAGCUUUUGUAAGAAGAUACCUGAACAAUAUUUAUAGUGUUACAUGUUUUUAUAGUAUGUUUAUUGCAAUCACAUUUCUAUGUGUUGAGAAAAGUUAUUUGAAAUGAAACUUCUUCACAUGAAUGUCAGCUCCUAGUGAAGUCUUUGUGUAGCCAGUUACCCAAAGCAGAUGUAAAUCCAAUCAAAAAUGUGCCCAUCUGAGUAGACAUAAAUAUAUAUUGCUUUUUCAGCCAUAUAUUUCCUGUGAGCAUGUUUGUGUAGAGCUUUGUCUUGUUACUGUUUACAUAUUGUAAAAAGAAUAAAUGGACUUGUGAAGAA